GUGACGUCAGCGGCGCGCGGGGUGCGUCACGGAGCGCGGGAAGGACGAAAAUGGCGGCGGCGAUCGCGGGAUGAGGAGGGGCCGCCUCGCCGGGAUUCCCGCAGAGAUUCCUGCCGGGAUGUGCCCUGCCCCGCGCUCCCGGUGAGCCGCACGCAGAGCAUUCCCUGUGGGAUCCUUUCUCCGGAGCUGCGGGGUUUGAGGCUGCCUUUGGGGCGCGGGGGGGUCUCUCCAGCCGGAAUUCCAGCAUGGACGAGGCGGAUUCCCGCUUCCUGCACCUGCUGCAGCCCAUCCGGGACCUCACCAAGAACUGGGAGGUGGACGUGGCCGCCCAGCUCGCCGAGUACCUGGGGGAGCUGGAUCAGAUCAGCAUUUCCUUCGACAACGGGAAAACCACCAUGAAUUUCCUGGAGGCAGCGAUGCUGAUCCAGGGCUCCGCCUGCAUCUACAGCAAGAAGGUGGAACACCUGUACCUGCUGGUCCACCAGGCGCUGGACAGCAUCUUCAAGAAAAAGAAGGAGAAGCUUCCCGCCUCCCUGUGCCUCGACAGCCGGGAUGCCCGCGCCGCCCUCUCGGGCAGGGCCAAGGAGUUCCUGUCCCUGGAUGACAUCCUGGAAACCAGCCAGGCCAGCGGGAGCAUGAGGAGGAACCGGCAGCGUGCGGCUCUCUCUGCACUUCCCAUGCCCUGCCGGGCUGUGAACAUCGUUCGCCUGACCCCGAUGGCCGUGGUGCCCCUGGACGAGGCGGAGAAGAAGAAAGAUCCCCUCUUGAGCGGGAGCGGGGAGGUCCUGGGGAGCCGCUGGGAUUUCCAGAUGAACACCUGCACCUCCCACGCCUCCGGCGCCUUCCUGCUGGAGACAGCCAAGUUCUGCCCCGCCGACCUGCAGCUGGAGCAGCCCCUGGCUGCAGCCACAGCAGCUCCAGGAUCCGGCCCCACGGAGCCUCCGAGCGCUGGCUGCGGCACGGCCCCGCUGCCGGCACUGAGCGUCCCCGAGGAGGCAGGUGCUGCAGGACCUGACGAUGACGACACUGCCGAGGCCCUGGGGGAUGACAUGGAAGUGACUCUGGUCCCUAACGAACACAUUGAGGCUCAGAGGGCCACGCCCCGGUCCCGGGGGUACGUCCUGCGGGAGAGACCCCCCAGCCAGGACCCCAAAGCCCACAGCAAGGAGGAGCCGGAUCCGUGGCAGAGCCUCGACCCCUUCGCAGACUCCGAGGAGAAGCCCUUUAGGAAAGGGACGCCCUUCCUGGUGCCGCAGGGCCUGGAGUACGUGGCUGGAGGCAAGAGGAAGAGGAAGGGCCCGAGGAAGCUCCAGGAUUUCAUGGGCUGGUUCUCCACAGCCUAUAACACCGUCACAGAGGGCCGGAAAAGGAGGAAGGGCCCCACGUUUGCAGACCUGGAGCUGCUCUACUGGCGGCACUUCAAGGAGCGGCUGGCGGCGCACAGGAAGCUCCAGAGCCGGGGGGAGCCGCCGUGGGAGCCAGAGCUGGAGCAGCAGGAGCGCGGGGCCGACUGCGAGGAAGGGGCAGACGAUGAUUUUGUGGAGCACGAGGACGCGGAGCCCGAGGCGUCGGAGGAGCUGGGGGAAGGAUCCCUGGACCCCCCUGAACCCUCAUACGAGGAGCUGGUGCGCGGACACGUGGAGCUGUUCGUGGCCAGCUCCCGGAAGUUCAUGCAGGAGACGGAGCUGUCCCGGCACGUCCGGCUCUGGGAGGAGCGCAUGGAGCCGCUGCUGCGGGAGCAGGAGACCCGUGCCCCGUUCGAUGUCCGUGCCUACGGGCUGGCGCUGACCGAGGGCUGCGCGGGGCCGGGCCGGUGGCACUCCCUGGCCAGCCUGGUGGCCGGGCAGCCCCCGUUCGAGGUGUGCCGCUACCUGCUGGCCUCGCUGCAGCUGGCCAACGACGGCGUGGUGGAGCUGGCGCAGGACGCGGGGCUGGAGGCGGCGCUGGACACGGUGCGACUGCGGCCGCUCUCGGCCCGCCCGGCCCACGAGAGGUUCCAGAGCUUCCAGCUGCCCUCCCAGAGGGACCCCCGCCCCAAAUAAAGCCCCCCGCUUCGCUAA